UUAUAUAUAAUUCAGCACUCGAGUCUGUUUUAAUUAAUUUAUUAUUUGUUUUCCUUAAGAAUGGAGCUCUUGAAGCAACAGAUUGCCACUGCGAGGCUAUCCCUUUUCUCUGAGGAAAUCCUCGACAUGGGGCAAUUCAUGCAAUUGGAGCAACUUGAGGAUAAAGACAACCCCAACUUUCUGGAAACACUAUUCUCCUUGUAUUUCGAUGAUGCACCUAAGGUCAUCGCCACCAUAGAACAAAUACUCAUGCCGAGUGAAGAAGUACUCGUGGAUUUCAACAAGCUGGACAUAAAGCUUCAUCGGCUAAAAGGCAGCAGUGCCAGCGUUGGUGCUAAUAAGGUGUUGAAAAGUGUCAAUAAAGCAUUGGAAUGUUGCAAGAAGGGUGAUGUGGAAGGAUGUAAGGCGGAAGUUGAGAUAUUGAAAGAAGACUACAACGCCCUGAAGAACAGACUCCAAGCUUAUUUGCAGUUGCGACAACGUCAUGCUAGAUCUGCCGACACAUGACUUGAACGCCACCCCCCAAGAGAUUGGUCCCAUAAAUAAAAAAGAGGGGUCGAGAAGUUUAAAUAUAUAUUAUAAGAAUAAUGUCAUAAAUCAUAUUUUUAUCUUA